GGGCGCUCUGUCUGCCCCGUGGGUGUGUCGGGCCGGUUUGCGCCAGCGAGCGAGCGCCAUGGGCAGGGUGCGAGCUACUGGAUGUCACGCCCCCAGUGAAAGGAUCUCGGCACAGGCUGACUAGUGCUGGGUGGUGACUGACUAGUGCUGGGUGCAGGCUGACUAGUGCUGGUGCUGGGUGCAGGCUGACUAGUGCUGGGUGCAGGCUGACUAGUGCUGGUGCUGGGUGCAGGCUCACUAGUGCUGGGUGCAGGCUGACUCGUGCUGGUGUUGGGUGCAGGCUGACUAGUGCUGGGUGCAGGCUGACUCGUGCUGGUGCUGGGUGCAGGCUCACUAGUGCUGGGUGCAGGCUGACGCGUGCUGGUGUUGGGUGCAGGCUGACUAGUGCUGGGUCCAGGCUGACUAGUGCUGGUGCUCGGUGCAGGCUCACUAGUGCUGGGUGCAGGCUGACUCGUGCUGGUGUUGGGUGCAGGCUGACUAGUGCUGGGUGCAGGCUGACUAGUGCUGGUGCUGGGUGCAGGCUGACUAGUGCUGGGUGCAGGCUGACUAGUGCUGGUGUUGGGUGCAGGCUGACUAGUGCUGGUGCUGGGUGCAGGCUGACUAGUGCUGGGUGCAGGCUGACUCGUGCUGGUGCUGGGUGCAGGCUGACUAGCGCUGGGUGCAGGCUGACUAGUGCUGGUGUUGGGUGGUGACUUAACUGGUGCUGGGUGCAGGCAGACUAGCGCUGGGUGCAGGCUGACUCGUGCUGGUGCUGGGUGCAGGCUGACUAGCGCUGGGUGCAGGCUGACUAGUGCUGGUGCUGGGUGCAGGCUGACUAGUGCUGGUGCUGGGUGCAGGCUGACUAGUGCUGGUACUGGGUGCAGGCUGACUCGUGCUGGUGCUGGGUGCAGGCUGACUAGCGCUGGGUGCAGGCUGACUAGUGCUGGUGCUGGGUGCAGGCUGACUAGUGCUGGUACUGGGUGCAGGCUGACUAGUGCUGGGUGCAGGCUGCGUAGUGUUGCAUGCUGGGUGCAGGCUGACUAGUGCUAGUGCUGGGUGCAGGCUCACUAGUGCUGGUGCUGGGUGCAGGUUCGCUAGUGCUGGUGCUGGGUGCAGGCUGACUAGCGCUGGGUGCAGGCUGACUAGUGCUGGUGCUAGGUGCAGGCUGACUAGUGCUGGUGCUGUGUGCAGGCUGACUAGUGCUGGUGCUGGGUGCAGGCUGACUAGUGCUGGGUGCAGGCUGACUAGUGCUGGGUGCAGGCUGACUAGUGCUGGUGCUGGGUGCAGGCUGACUAGUGCUGGUACUGGGUGCAGGCUGACUAGCGCUGGGUGCAGGCUGACUAGCGCUGGGUGCAGGCUGACUAGUGCUGGUGCUGGGUGCAGGCUGACUAGUGCUGGUGCUGGGUGGUGACUGACUAGUGCUGGGUGCAGGCUGUGUAGUGUUGCAUGCUGGGUGCAGGUUGUUUACAGCUGGGUGUGGUCUGCCUGGAGCUGGUUGCAGGGUGCAGUUAGUCGCGCACUGGGUGCAGGUGGCUGUGCCUGCCUGGUGCUUGGGUACAAAAUGCGCUCUGGUCGUUACAGGGUGCGGGGGUCUCUCGCUCUGGGUGCGCUCCGCCCUCAGCUGAGUGCGGGCUCGCAAGGUGAAUUUGGGGUUUUGGGCGCCUCCUGAGACGGUGGCGCCGGCUCGUCGUGGAUCCCACCGACCGGGCCGCCGCAGCGUCGGCCGUCGACGCUCGCAAACCACGAUCCCUCGGUUGUGGCCGUGAGCCAUUACGGGUCGGGGGUCAGAGCGUGCUCCCCGGUUGACCCAGGGUGGCGGGCCGCCGCCUGCCUGCCGUCGGUCGCCCCACGCCAUGGAAACGCACGCGAGGUAGCGACGAGACGGCGAUGGGACCGGCGGUGGGUGGUGCCCGACGGCUCGGUUCCCGCGCGUGCGAUGCGCGGCCGUUGGCUUCGGCGCCGGGGCACGGAGGUUUGGAGGCUCUCGGCGUCCGUCCACACGUGGGUAGCGAAGUGGACGACGGGCCUGGCCCAGUGACAGAGAAGUCGCCGCCGUGUUAAUGCAGGGUACCACGGUAACCGCUCGUUGCAGAGGUUCGCGGUCGGAAUCCGACAAACAGUCCUGAUUAAUACUGCCGGUGUGUUAAACGAACAGAUACUAUGCGCCGCCUGCUCACACGGACGUUAAAGAUCUCGUGAAGUAAUUCGAUCGAGUAGGUCACUGUGCUGGCGCGGCAUGGUCCAAAUUCGUCCAAAUUCGACUAAUGCUGGCUUGCAGUCCAGGUGCUGAGUCACCUUUUUCCACUUAGGGACAGCUGCCACCGGGGGUGCCCUUUCAAAUGUAUAGUGACGCGAGUCGCUUGUCAUGUGUAAAGCGCUCUGAACCGCCCAGCAUGAAGCAGGGCGGCUCUGUCAAACUCAACUCCGUAUCAUUGUCACACGGAGGAGGAAAUAACUUGCGUUAAAAUUGCCAGGUUUUUAUUCACAUGAAGGGUCUCUGCCCGUGCUGUGUGGGUCUUUGUGGUUGAUUGACCAUACUUCGCCACGCUCGUCAGUGCAGGUCAGAGAAGAGGGGGCAGGAGGGUGGGAAGGAAUGGCCAGGAGUGAGCAUGAGAUAGUUGAGAGGUGUGGUGGUGGGCAUGUGAAGGUGAUGAUGAUGAUGGUGGUGAUGGUGUUGAGGAAUGUGGAGGUGGCCACCUGGGUGUAUGUCCACUGUAUGUUAUUCAUUCCUAUCGGAGGCCACAAUGAUUAUAUCCUCAGCGAAUCAGAGAUGUUAUUAUUUUUCCCUUGGUUUCCUCCAAUUAUCAGAAGACAUCAUCGAGCAUCCUGUCGCGAAGCGUGUGUGCACGCGUGCGACUCCCCUGCUCACGUCCAUUUGUUGGUCGUCUCUCGUGCUGCGAUUUCGGUGUGCCGUCCCUAAGCGAGUGUUCACAUUCUGCAUCUUGCUCUGUCCGGGCAUCGAUUUGUGUUAGAUGACUGCGUCGAUUUCCUCUUGGCAAAAUUUCCUCUUCAUAGCCAUCAAAGGCCGGGCACAGUGGUAACUAAUAACUGAGUAGAACUCUGUGUGCAAAGGUCAAUGCUGUCGUGGUGUAACGGUCGCGGACUCUGCCUCGGAGCGGCAGUUGAAACGACGGUCAAGUUCCUGAAGACCAUUCCUGCCUCCAGCCAGACAAUGUGUCUGGACCUUCUGCCAGCAGUGCCACGAACGUCCAAGGAUGACCUGCUGCAGACGGAUUUUGAGGGCACGCUGAAGUUCUUCCGGGUGCAGCUGCCCAAGCGCUACCGCUCGGAGGAGAACGCACGCAAGCUCAUGGAGCUGGCCUGCAGCAUGAAGAUCACGCAGAAGAAAUUGAAGAAGUUUGAGAAGGAGUACCUGACGAUGAGGGAGCAGCAGGCGCAGCAGGAGGACCCCCUGGACAGGCUGGAGCGCGACAACCGGCGCCUGCAGGAAGCGAACCUGCGCCUCGAGCAGGAGAACGACGACCUGGCGCAUGAGCUGGUCACCAGCAAGAUCGCCCUGCGCAACGACCUCGACAACGCAGAGGACAAAGCAGAUACGCUGAGCAAGGAGCUUGACCUCACGCAGCAGAAGCUGCAGGAGGCCGAGGAGGAGAAGAAACGGUUGGAGAUCGAAGCGUCCCAGCUCAAGGAAAUGUGUCGCCGGGAGCUCGAUAAGACCGAAGCCGAAAUGAAGAAGAGCAGCUCCAUCAUCGCUGACUACAAACAGAUCUGCUCCCAGCUGAGCACGCGGCUGGAGAAGCAGCAAGCAGCGAACAAGGAGGAGCUGGAGCUCGUGAGGGGAGUGAUGGCCGGCUGCGAGCAGUGCCGCCAGCUGUUUGGCGAGGACGGCCGUCUCUGUGCCGCGGCGGCGGGCGCCGGGGCGGCCGGCGGAGAGCGCGACCCCGACGAGGAGAAGGAGACGCUGAGGACUCAGCUGCGCGAGAUGGAGCUGGAGCUAGCGCAGACAAAGCUCAAGCUCGUGGAGGCCGAGUGCCGGAUCCAGGACGUGGAGCAUCAGCUGGGCGUGGCCAUCAAUGAAGUGCAGGCAUCACGCAACACCUGGUUCAACCGCACGCUCAGCUCCAUCAAGACGGCCACGGGGAGCCAGGGCAAGGAGACCGUCUGAGGCCGCGGUGGGGCCUGCUAGUGCCAUGGGGAGACCGGUGAUGGGGUGGGAAAGAGGGGGGGGGAGCUUCCGGGGUGGGGCACCCCACCAGCUCGGGCUGCGGACAGCGGAGCAUUUUAGUUGGGGAGGGUGCGGGUCCGCUCGGGGCUCCACCACUGACCCACGGAGCCUCGGAGCGGGGACACUUAGUUUGGGGGGGGGGGGGGGGGGGCUUGCAAUACCGCAGGGGGGUGCUGAGAGGGUCAAAGACCCCUGCACGGUGCCCCAGGGCCACCGCGUGCAGCAGGGGCCGACACUACACUAGCACGGAGGAGCGAGCACAACUCAUUCACCCAUUCCGCUUCCUCUAGCACCUAAUCCACGUGUAAAGUUCCCACUCGUAUUUAACGAUUAGUGUUUUUAUUAUUUACACGCAUUGUAUCUUUUCUCUUGUUGGCGGUUCGUUCGCUCUGCUCACGCGCGUCCAUCACGGGGUCGUCAGCCAGUGGUCAAGCGGCCGGUUAGUGGGCGAGUUGUGGGUGGAUAAGGAAGCGGAGCGAGCGGCGUACGGGGAAUCAAAAGCGCGAGUCGUCCCGGGGCAGGCGCACGCAGCUCGCGUCCGCCCCAUGAGACGUUCGCACCAAAACGACGCCGACGCGUCGCACCCUAUGAAGCCGCGCCCGGCCCCCGUCACCGGGCGCGAGCGAGGGCGCGCCCGCGCACGGCUCCGUAGAAGCGGGGGGCUCGUGCCGUUCCGAUUGAAAUUUGCAGUCGCGGCUGCGGCGCCGGCGAGCGGCGCCACGGCCUGCGACACGCACGUCGGACGUCACAGGCGACUUCGUGAAGGGGGAGUGGGGGUGGUGGAGCGACCCUGCCAGCCUCCCCCCGUUUGGGAUCCGUGGGCAUUCCCUGCCCUCCCUCUUCCGCACCCCCCGGGCACCCCCCUCGUUCUGCCGGUCUCACCGAGCCGUGCCGCCACGGGAGGGGGGGUGCCGCCCGAUGUGCCGCCGAAGUUGCCGCUUGGCGGUCGGCGGAGCCACUCUCCCGGCUGCCUGGAUCGAGCCUAGUCGACGCCGAAUUGACCCCUUGGUAUAUCUUUGGUAACUUUUAGCGAAAUCUAGAGAGAGCUGGAAUGUCAUGGGAAAGCGCGACAUUCCACUUGAUUCUUUGCGUCUUGAUAUUUCUGUGUGAACGUCGCAGCUCGUGGUAAAUUGUUGCCGACUCGGACAGGGUUCCAAAAUGUGCGGAGUGAUUGCCGUGCCUCUUGAGAGUGCGGGUUCAUGCAGGGGGUGAAGCUAUGCAUCUGAUCGACGAGUUAGUAUCGAGAUUAUUAAGCGCACGAUAACGUUCUCCAAUCAUAAAAUCUGUAAAUGACGAGAAAACACCAAUCCUAACAGAAUCGGCGUGCAGGCUGCUUCAAAACCAUACACUUCAAACGACACCACCGCAGAGACGUGCAAAAAGCAUUGAGCCUUGAACCAUCAGCAGUUCCUGAAGAACUGAAUUGUGGUCCUAACAAAAUUUUUGGGGUCCCAACUUAUAUAUGGCUAUACAGUAUAUAUAGUUCCCAGAGGUAGACUUUGCAGCAGUGAGCAUCAGUUACUAUACUGUGCUGAUGAGUCCUAACACGGAUGAAACCGGUUCACCACGGUUGUCUCACUGUAUCGCUGCUGUUAGAUGGUGUCACAUUUGCUCAAAUUUGUUUUGCUGGUGACCCAAGGCAAGAGGCCCAUAGUGCAGUUCUUCAGGAACUGCUGAUGGGUGUUUUUGCAUAAUGCAGAGAGGCCGCGGAUGCCCUUGUGGGGUCGACACUCGGCUCACAGGCGUGCAAGGCGGCCCGUUCCGUCUGCCCAUGGGGAAUGUGCACAGGGCCCCCGCUUAUUUGGGGACCGCUACAAAGCAUGUGUACGUGCCUCGGUGUUUCUGCUGUGGCUCAGUGUCUGUAUCAUUUCUGUGUAUCUCCAUGUUAUCAGUGUUUGUGAUUACCUUUCAGUCUCAUGUCUUUCGGUGUCUGUUUUUGUGUCUCAAUGUCUAUAUUCUGUGUCUAGGUGUCUGGCUCAUUGCUGUGUCUCUGUGCAUCACUAAGUGUCUAUCCAUGUCUGUCUUUAUUUCUCGGUCUCUGUCUCUGAGCGCUUCUCUCCCCAUGCCCGUGUGUCUCUCUCCGUGUCACUGUCUCAAGGCCCCCCUCUUUUCACCCAUCUGCACAGCCCGCCCAGCCUUACCACACUUCGUGUUGUGACAUCCUGGGGGCUAGGGAAGGAACGGGACAUGUUCCAGCAGCUGCUGUCAAACUCGGCAACGCACCUGUCUGUGUUUACCAAUCAUCAGGGUAAGGAUGAUGCAGAGCCGGGGGUGGCAGCUGAAGUCGGGGCGGGGGGUGGCAUAAAUACCCUCGAAGGGCAGUUGCGGGAUGGCAUGGACAGUCGCAGAGGGCAAGGCCUCAAGGGUAGACCAGUGCAGCUCGGGCAGUCACGUUUGGGCGCAGUGUCUUCUGUCUGAGCAGGUGGCGGUUCAAGAGACCAGGGUGAGAGACUCAUUCGCAAGUGACCGGGGCAGUCACAAGGGGCAGUGAUGCGGCUGCACUGGAUCCUCACAGAGGCGCCCAGACGUCACCAAAUAAAAGUCUGGGGCGGGGGGGAGUGCCGACCAGGCUACGAUAUUGCACAGGGUGCAUGCGCGGUCACGCAGGGCACAGACAGUUUCGAGGGACAUGAACAAUCACAGGGAUCGUGGUAGUCACGGGGGCAAUGGUCACAAGGCCAUGGGGCAGCCAAGGAAAGCAUUGGGUGGUCACGAGGUGCAAGCGUUUGGCCGAGGGCAAUAGGGGCAUGGGCAGUCAUGGAGAAGGCAUUGGCAGUCACGGCUGGUGGUGUACCUGCCUGUCCGUGAGUCGUGGAUUUGUGAGCGAUGUGGGAUGCGCGCCAUCGUCACCACCGUCACUAUGAUGAGCGUCACCAUCAUAACACUGGCCUGGUAACGAGGGCGGUCCAGCAUUCGCAGCAGCCGUGUACAUAGUGUCGAGUCGAGCAGUGACGGCGAUGACGAUGGUCACAUUGACGUUAAUAAAAUAAGGCAUGUGGAUAUGUU